AACUUAAAGUACACUUUUCCGACGCGGAAGCGACUUUUAGCUAUCAAGUGGAUUUGCAGAUAUUUCUUGUUGAUCGAUUAAAUAAAAGGGAAAAUACUGUAGAAGAUGGACAGUCCGCGUUGGCUUCCUCUGGAGGCAAAUCCAGAAGUCAUGUCAAAGUUUCUUCAUUGCUUGGGUAUGAUUCCAACUUGGCAAUUUGGAGAUGUAUAUGGACUAGACCCAGAGCUUCUCAGCAUGGUGCCCAGGCCUGUGUGUGCAGUGCUGCUACUUUUCCCUGUGACGGAGAAGUAUGAGAUAUUCAAGCAAGAAGAGGAAGAGAAAAUUAAGAUUCAGGGACAAGAAGUCUGUCCUGACGUCUACUUCAUCAAACAAACAAUUGGAAAUGCUUGUGGAACAAUAGGAUUGAUUCAUGCAGUGGCUAACAACCAGGAACAACUCGAGUUUGAACCUGAGUCUCCUCUUAAGAAGUUUAUUCAACAAACCUGUAAAAUGAGUCCAGAAGAAAAGGCUGCCUUCCUGGAAAAAGAUGAGAGUAUACGAGUGACACAUGAAUCCAGUGCGCAGGAAGGACAGACUGAGGCCCCAAGCUUAGACGAUAAAGUAAAUCUGCAUUUUAUAGCUUUCGUCAAUGUUGGAGGACAGUUGUAUGAACUGGAUGGCCGUAAGCCUUUCCCUAUUGUCCACGGAAAAACCACUCAAGAUACACUCUUAGAGGAUGCCAUUGAGGUUUGUAAAUUGUUCAUGGCUCGUGACCCCGAGGAGGUGCGUUUCACAAUCGUUGCCCUCUCCAGAGCUUCAGACUGAGACUCAUUUACGACCAGCUGGGGGAGGGUUUAAAAAACACACAGCUGCCAAACAUUUUUUCAAAGUGCUGACUUUAUUGGAAAAGAAGGAUUUUUAACAAAUAGUAUUGCCUGCAGUUUGAGAAAAUAAAAACAUCAGGGAUACUAUAGUUCUAAUGUUUCACUUUUUGUGAAUUUUGUAGGGUUCUAAGGAAAAUUCAAACUAAAAUGCUUUGUUGCAAAUACAGUAUUACAAUGAAAUAUGUCAGUCGUGAUAACAUGACGUUUUUUUUCUUCUCUCUGUUUGUUGACAAAGACACUUUAAAAUUUUCCAUAUGUUAUCCGGUGGUUAACGCGUCAUUUUGGUCAACUAAUCCACACAGUGAUCUACGAAAACAUGUUUCACAAACUAUGAUCAUUUUAGUUUGAUGUUGUAAUGGCUAUGAAAAUACUAAUGCUGUUGUUUGCAUUAAUGAGGCAGAGUGGAGUGGGGGGGGUCAACGUCCUGUUUUAGGCUGCCUCGGAGGAAGAAAUGGUUGUCAUAUUGUACAUGUUUGUGGAAGGUGCCUAUGUUUUUGUAAUGAAAACUAGGAUUUCUGUCAAAUAAAGUUCCAAUUUCUAAGCA